GUUUUGGCAGCGUGCUUGAGGAAGAUGGCGGCGCCCUUGUCUCUGGAGUUGGAGAGUUUACUAAAUCCACAGCCCCAGUUUUGGGAUCCCGAGGACGAUCCCGAUGAAGUCACUGCUGCUAAAGUUAUCGACAAAUUUGAUGAAGGUGGAAUUGAUGAUGAUGAUGAUGCAACACAAGGAAACCUAAAGAGAAACACAGUGACCUACUUAUCUGAUACAGAUAAAAAGUACUUGGGGAAAGCUACAUCUCGAAAAGAUUUAAAAGCAGAAUUGGGAGAGGAGUCGUUCUCAGAAAAUUCUGAUGAGGAUUUAUCCCACGAGGAGGACUAUGAUGAAAAAAUAUUAAGUGAUGAUGAUGGAAUAGAUGAAGAAAAGGCUAACUCUGAGGAAGAUGAUGAUUCUGAUGAAGAAGAGGAUGCUGAUGGUAGUAUUUACGGUGCACAACAGAAUACAGAUGAAGAUGAGACUGCAGACCAGAAAGGCUUAGACGGGUCCCAAUUUCGAGAUGAUACUGUACAAACAUUCUCUAAAGCAAAGGUGUCAGCAGAUGUUGCUAAAGGACAAGGAAUUAAGAACCAAAUCGGCAUUUGGGAUCAGCUUCUGGAAGGACGAAUAAAACUUCAGAAAGUACUUGUUUCAGCUAAUCAGCUUCCACAACAUGAUAUGUUUGCCUUGUUUAAGAAAGAAGGAGGAACCGAGUUUUUAGCGCCAUUAACAAAUAGCUACAAAGCACUGAAGGAAUUAAUGAGAUCUUUGGUCCAUUUGCAAGAUGAACUUCUCUUCCAGUUUCCAGAAACACGCUACAUAAUAAAUGGAAAGAAAUGCAAAGCAGAUAGUGAUGAGGAAAUACCAAGUGAUGAUGAGAUGGAAAAGGAAGAUUUGGAAAUGAAAAAAAAUAAAUGCCCACCUAAGCGAAGGUUGGAAGUUAAAGAUUAUCCAGAAUUCAUGGCAAAACGCUUUGCAGAUUUUCAAACAUACAGAAAUAACACUUUACAAAAAUGGCAUGACAAGACAAAGCUUACUGGUAAAAUAAGCAAGGGAUUUGCUGGUUCUGAGCGUUCCAUAUUGAUGCAAGUAGAACAGAUUAUGAUGGACAAGGAAAGGUUACUCCGGCGUACACAGACUAAACGCUCACCAUAUAGGAUCUUAGGAACAUCUCGACAGGAUUCGGCACCUGAACAGGAGCGUGUCCCUGAUGAAACAAUGGAAGUCCAGACAGAAGGGAAGUCAAACUCUCAGCUUAAAGAACUUGAUGAAGAGAUUUUUGAUGAUGACGACUUCUAUCACCAGUUAUUGCGAGAAUUGAUAGAGCGUAAGACAACCUCCCUGGAUCCCAAUGACCAAGUGGCCAUGGGCAGGCAGUGGCUUGCUAUUCAAAAGUUGAGAAGCAAGAUCAAGAAGAAAGUAGACACCAAAGCAAGCAAAGGGAGAAAAGUGAGAUACCAUGUACAUAGCAAGUUGGUGAGCUUCAUGGCUCCUAUUGGCCACAGCACAAUGAAUGAUGAGGCCAGGACUGAACUGUACCAAUCAUUAUUUGGACAAAUAAAGUCUUCAGAAUCUGAAAGGAAAAUGUGAGCACAGAGGACAAUUUUUAAGCCAGAUGAUUUGUUUUACAACCAUAAGGACACGUGCCACAAUGACUUUUUUUUUUUUUCUUUUUUUUUUUACAUGGACUUGACCCUCAACCACUGUAGUAAAGAAAAUAUGCUGCAGACUGUGUAAAGUAAAUAGAUUGUUAUGACAAUGUUCUUGUCUGAAAUGGCUUUUCUGCAGUUGUGCAAAUAAAUUUACGUUUAUGGUCUACAGAUCUAAAGUACCAGGACAUCUUUCACUGUAAAGGCCCUACUACACCACCUGCCAUUCAGGCAACAUGAGCACCAGUGGCUGAACACAUCUAUCAGCACUCAUUUGCACCAGCGUGAUUACACAGGCUGAUGCAAACUUUCAACUUGGGAGGAACAAUUGCUACUGCAGUCACUCUUCUCUCAUUCUCUUCUAUUCCUUAUCGGCAGCACACCCCUAAUUACAAAGGGAGAUAUACUGCUAAUAAUUGUGAAUCUUUCAUCCUGAUGAAAUACCCUUCAGCUGAUAAACAAGGGUAAUUGCCAUGAAAAUCGUGCUGUCUAGUAGGGUCUUUGGAAUAUACAAGCA